UGCGCAAUCGCAUCGGUACACGGAGUCGGGGAGGUCUGUGGUAAAGCGAGGAAUAAACACAGUGGAUAGUCCGCGCAGAGCACAGACGGUGACGAGGAGUGGGCGGCAGAGGGCGGCAGAAGGCGAGCGAACGGCGUACGAGCGAGAGAGAGAAAGAGAGAGGGGAGACGUAGUGGGAGAGAGCGAGAAAGGGGGAGUGCGAGGGAGCGAGCGAGACGGACGGCGCGAGCGUGAGAGCGAGAGAGAGAGAGAGGGAGCGAGACAGAGCGAGCGAGCAGGCCAGCGAGACGAUCACGAUGCACGGAGGCGAGCACAAGCAGCCAGGGGCACAGGGCUGAGGGCUGAGGGCUCGACGGGGCCUUGAUUAACGUUCACGGGCUAAUCGCGGCAUAGCCAGCGAGCGAUGGAGCAGCCGAAGACUCCCACGCCCCGGCUACUCAACGCGAACCGCAUCGAGAAUAAGGACGAGCUGGAAGAGAAAUUGGAAAGAUGCCAUUCGAUGCUGCAAAAUCUGAUUGUGGGACUCUCGGAGAAGGAGGUCCACGAUACGCUGAACAAUGCAGUGUGCAAGGACAAGACGCACGAGGAGGUUUCCCUGGGGCUGCUGGUGGCGAUCUUGACAGAUCCGCAGAACUCAGCCAAGAGUUACAGGGACUUGACGUUGAUCACGCGAGACGGCCUCGCCGUUGUCUUGCUCCACCUCAAUCAAUUAGUAUUGGAGAAAUACUUGAAGUUAACCGACGUCACCAGGAGUCAGCUGCUAUGGUUGCUGCGAGAACUAAUACGGACUAGUGUAACUAGUGUGGAUAAUCUUUGUUUGAGUUUGUUGAGGCACGCAGCGGGCGGUGAUAUCUCCCAGAAAAACUUGUUUCUAGUUGACGCGCUCUUAGACAUUUUUCAAGAGAAUCGAGCUUGGUUGGACAAAUACUCUUUUUUAGUAGCGUCAAUUGUGUACACGUACUUGCGGUUAAUAGAAGACCACAAUGCGCCUCAUUUGGCUGGUCUGCGGCAAAAGGAAGUGACUUUUACAGUGUCUUUGAUAAGGGAACGAAUGACAGAUUGCAUGGCUAUCGGAAGGGAUCUGGUACGUUUGCUGCAAAACGUGGCAAGAUUAUCCGAGUUUGAAGCGCUGUGGAAGGACAUACUGCUCAAUCCGAAAAGCCUUUGCCCCACUUUCAACGGCGUCCUCCAACUGCUACAGACGAGAACCUCCAGGAGAUUCCUGCAGUCUCGCCUGACGCCGGAUAUGGAGAGGAAACUCGUGUUCCUCACGAGCAACGUCCGUUUCGGUAAUCACAAGCGCUAUCAGGACUGGUUUCAGAGGCAGUACCUGGCAACGCCUGAAUCGCAGUCGCUGAGGUGCGAUCUCAUUCGUUUUAUCGUCGGUGUGAUACACCCGACGAACGAGCUGUUGUGCUCCGAUAUCAUACCGCGGUGGGCGGUAAUAGGUUGGCUUUUCACCACGUGCACCUCCAACGUGGCCGCCAGCAACGCAAAACUGGCCUUGUUCUACGACUGGCUGUUCUUCGAACCCGAGAAAGACAACAUUAUGAACAUCGAGCCGGCGAUCCUCGUCAUGCACAAUUCAAUGAGGUCUCAUCCACCCGUCACUGCCACACUUCUAGAUUUUUUAUGCAGGAUAAUUCCAAACUUUUACCCUGCGCUAACGGACAAAGUGAGAAACGGGAUAUUCUCGUCGUUACGACAAAUUUUGGACAAGCGUGUUUUGCCUAGCUUAUAUCCGUUAUUCGAUAGUCCGAAGCUGGAUCGGGAACUGAGAAGCAAGAUACGGGAGACCUUUAAGGAGUUUUGCCUGCCACCGAACACAGAACCUGCAGGCAAUAAGGUUCUGAAAUAUUCAGGUAAAAUAGAAGAGAUCAACAAGGAGCACAAUCCAGGAACCGUAACAGAGAAUACCACGAACUCGACUGUGGAGAAUAAUCAUGUCACGCAGGACUCAGAGCCGGCUUUCAGUGACGAGGAGGAGGAGUCACCUCUCAGAAUAGUGACGAAGGUCGAGGACGAGGAGGACGAGGACGAUGUGCCGCUGUCCGCGGUGAAGUUGAAAAACGAGCAGAAGAACGCGAAUUGUGUUGUGAAGAAGGAGGACAUCGCGAGCCACUUCCCUCAGAUAGAGUCGGAGAAGUUGCGGAACGACGUCGAGACGUUGCGUACGGAGACCGACAAUGAAGCGAGGUGUCAAGCGAUGGAGAGGAUAGUGCAAGGCGUCCUGGACAAUGAGUUCGACACCGAUACGAUAUCUUCCCUGGCAAACUGCACAUCGACUAUCCUGUCGCCGCAGAUCACGGCACAGAUCUUCCCGCCGGACAAUCUGAACGAGGAAACGUUCGCUGACAGCAUAAGCACACCGUUAUUCGUCAUGUUCCGAAAUCAGUUUCAACUGUGCAAGGAAGAGAAUCCCAGGAGGAAGCUUCUGGCCAGGGUACUGGCAGAGAUGCAAUCGGUCCAAGCGAGGAUUGGAUAUUUGCUUCUGUAUUUCCUGAAGGUCUGGGGCAGGGAGGAGGAAAAGAGGGAGGGCGAGCAGAGUAGCGUGUUGAAUGAUGUCAAGGCAUCGGUAUACAAAGACUUCUGCACGCACCGAGACAAGAAGUUGGACGCGUGUCUAAUCGCGGACCUGAAGCUCUGCCACGAAGACAACAUAUUCAUGUUGUGCUACCUUGUGCCCGACGUCUACAUGGGAUUUCAGAAUGUCGCUCUCGGGAACGUUCAGCUGUUGCACCUGGUCGUGUCGACCGUGGAUUCGUGCCAGUUGCAAGACCUAAUUUGCCAGAUAAUGCAAGGCCAUCUGAAGAUGCUGAAGAAGGAAUCGUUCACCAGCUUGCUGACGGCUAGCUUGAACUGGGAGACCUUCGAACAAUACUGCUUCUGGCAGCUCAUAUUCGCGCACGACUUUCCUAUCGAUUACGUACUGCCGGUUUUGCCGAAGCUGCAGUUCCGCAACCACGCGGAGGCACUCACCUCGAUUCUGUUCAUGCUCAAGCAAGAGAAGCCGACGUUGGAUCUUUUGCGACAGUUGCUCGCACGACAGAAAGUCGACGGUGACAUGUUCGUUGUGGCCGCGCUGCGUUACUGGUGUCGCGAUUACGAGGAGAAGCUCGGCGAAUUGCUCGCCAAUCUGCUCAGUACUCGUUACCCCGCGACCAGCCCGAACAAGCGGAAACGUUCCGGUGCCAAGCAAAAUCAGCAAUCCGGACCGCCCACAGGUGAGCAGGUUCUCGGCCAUCUGGACCAAUUACGUCAGCACUGCACGUCCUCCGCGGAGCUGCAGCUGUACCAUUCCGAGGGGAUGCAAAGGGCGUUACAGCAAGCGCAGGCGGCCAGCAGCGACUCGCUGAGGAAGAGCUAUGGCGAUCUGUUUGCGCUGGCCGAGGUCAACGAGGAGAACGAACCGCCGCCACCACCAACGAGCAGCUCUGCGAGAAAGCACACCACCGCCUCUUCUGGAGGGGGUGGUGGUGGCGGCGGUGGCGGCGGGGGUGGUGGCAAGGGCGGACACAGAAAAACUGGUGCUAACACGAGGGAAAGAUCCAACAUGAAAAGACCACUACCGCGGUAUCACAUCGACAGCACCUCUAGUAGCGAAGAGGAAGAGAUCGUGAACCCAAAGCAAGCGAAAAAAAGAAAAAAGAUCAAUCCAGUGGGCUCGGACAGCGACUGACCACCCAGUGUCUUCAUAUGUUACAUGGACCACGUCACGUGUGUGCAGCAAGCUAAAUUAGCCUUAAGAAUAGUAAGAUAAUAUAAUACACAUAAAUAGAUUUAUCUAGCGCGACUUGUAAAUAUAAUGUACGUUAAUAAGAAUGCGGAGGGAGAUAUACAUAUAUCGUGGGAAGCAAAAUCUUUAAUACGUUUUCAUAAAUGUUGCGCAGAGUAGCAACAGCAAAAUUGCCAGACUCUGAUCGUUGUUGAAUUGUUUAAUUAAAAAAAAAGAAAGAAAGAAAGAAAAGAAACUGGAAGGACGAAAUAAAAAGAUUGAUGCACGAAUUGCGUAUUCGGAUGUCCAACUUGAUUGUAUUCUUUAAUAAGAUUUCUCGUUUCGGAUGCACCUCUAUACGUGGACACUGGUUGCUGCUUUUUCCGGUAAACUCGUAUGACAGAUACAAGCGAUGGGAACGGUACGUCAAUUAAUUUGCGUCUAUCUACGUCUCCUCUCGGGAUAAUCGCGAUCAUCAGACUUGCACUAUCGGACUGCACCGUACACAUCUGUCAAAUAAAGUUACCAAAAAGCAGGACUAGUCACCAGAUUGCCUGGAUCACUUCAGCAUCGCUUUCUCUGUGAAUACGAAAGCGAGAAGCAGAAUCUGGCAACAUUGCAAGGGGGUAGAGCAACGCAAUAUAUCUUUCUCGCACUUUAUUAUUCCUUUCUUUUUUUAAGUUCUCAUUUUACCAAUCCUUUUUGUUCCUACUACGAACAAUGUACGAAUGUAAUGUAGCAACGAUUUCCUUUUCUUUUCUCAAAUGAUCGUCACGACGAGACAUAUGCGUUGCCAUAACUCUCAACAAUUCGUACGAGUUGUUAGCUUGUUUCCUUUUUUAGUAUUAAGGAUCUUCCGGCGGAACGUCGGGGCGCAUAAACGCGCACCGAUUUCCGGCUAGAGGCGUACAGUUUUACGACCAAAUGUAUUCAGUUCUUACCGCGCUUAGUGAGCACAUCCUCGAGAGAGAUACUUUUUAUAAUGUUCUGCACGACGGACGAUUAGCUUUAAAGUAAUCGGAAAAAUUCAACGCGUUGGCUUCAAGUAUAAAUUCUCCUUUCCCUUUGUUAGAAAUUUUACUAGAGCGAUUCGUUGCGACUGUAAGCUGCGACGUAAUACGAUUUGUAUUGUAUUUUUGUACGACAUCCCUUUUUACAUCCCCUUAUAUUCUUAGAUAGACGUACAAGACCGAAAGUGAUUCGCGGAGAUCGCGGAGGUCUACGUAACGUAGGCGUGGCAAAUCGGUUUCAUCGUUACACGAGUAUUCCCCUCCUGAAAAGUAUUCGAAUGAUUUUCCACAUUGGGUCACUUGUCAUUUUACUAUCAUGCUGCGCACGUGACACACACACACACACACACACACACACACACACACACACACACGUGUUUCUCCGUUUGAGAGUCGGAAAGGGCUACCUGCAUCUUCCCCGAGGAAAAAGGAGAAAAGAAAGAAGUGCAGUUCCGUCGCGAGCGUCUUUCUCGAUUCAAGUACCGAAGGCAAGAUGCGGCGUAUCACCCUAUUCACCUUGUAAUGUACAUUUCCUGUAAAAUCGGUUAAUCUAAGAGUAUAAGUUACGUUAUGUAUUUUCUAGAUUGUACAUAUUAUACACAUACAUACAUAUAUACACACACACGUGUGGGACGAAACGCAAGGAGAGGAUGUGUAUGCAUGCAUGCGUGAGACAUUGUAUCGUACGUGGCGCGGCUCGGACGAAAUUCCGAAACAUUUUACGUUUUCACGGACUGCUUUAGAUAUUUAUCAGCACUCUCCUUUGACCCCCUUGAUUUUAUCGCGGAACUCACGAGUGCAAAAUCGUGUCGAUGAUCGGAUAAAAAAAUUUAUAAAAAAAAGAAAAGGAAGGAAAAACGAAAUGAAGUGACAAAACAUCCGAACGUUCAAUUGGUAAUGAUUUGUAUGUAGGGGUGGAUGUGCACGGUGUCCGUCUGUAGUGGCGCGUGACGAUAAAUGACAUUAAUGGAAUUUUUUUACUUGUACAUACGCGCGCAUGCACGCACAUACGUACGUCAGUGAGUAUUUGAACACGAUAGUCGGACGAGAGAAAGAGAGAGCGCAACUCGGUGCAUGCGCGGGGCAAUACGUGAGAAAGAAUAAGGGGAGAGCGAGCCUGUAAAAAUUUAAUGUUUUUAACGAUCUUGUACACACGCAAAAGAAACAUGUAAAUACAUGCAUAGAUUAUCGUAAACGCGAGCAUAAACAUUUAAUGUUUUUAACGAUCUUGUACACACGUAAACUGUAAAUACAUCGAAAAUUAUCGGAAGCGAA